AUGGCAAACGAAAAAAUCGGAGUGAUGACGUUUGAACGGUUACCAAAUGAGAUUGUUCUUGAGUGUUUGGAAUAUCUCAAUGCAUUGGACAUCUUUUAUUCAUUCAAUCAAUUGAAUAAUCGUUUCGAUCAACUCAUUCGAACGAUUCCAUUACAUAUCAAUGGCGAAUUCGCUUCCAAAUCGAUAUUCGAUCAAUUCUGUCUUCGAAUGCUAUUAGAUCCGACUAUUAAACACCAGAUUUCCUCGAUAAACCUCUCAGGCGAUCCAACAUGUUAUCAAAUCCGAUCGUUUCUUUCAUUUGUCUCACUCGAUGAACUUCCGUCUCUUCGAUCAAUAACACUCACUCGACUAGAAAAAAGCGAUGCCAGUAAAUUUAUAUCUAUCUUACCCAACUUGUCCAAUUUACGAUAUCUACACUUAAUCGAACCAACCAGCGAUGUUAAAUGGGGAUCAACUUUUCUCCCGAUAUCCAACUCAAUCGAAUCCUUAUUACCAGCUCUAUUUCACUUUCGUUCUCUGACACAUUUGACCCUUUCGAACUGUUCAUGUUUCGAUUUAAGUCAUUUACUCGAAUAUGCUCCAAUGUUGAACUAUGUCAACUGUCAUCAAUUAUCAUUUCAUUCUCGUUGGUCGUAUUGGUUCUCGAAUUUUAACAAUCACAAGGCUGUUUAUCUGAAAAAAAUGAGUUUAACAGGGUUCUUUGCGCCAUUUGAAUAUAUCGAAAUACUGACCAAACAAACACCAAAUCUAACGAAUCUAACGAUAUCCUCGGUUGUCAAUACGGAUAUUGUUGAUGCAGAUCGUUGGCAAAGCCUAAUCACAUCUUCACUUUCUCGUUUGAAAGUUUUCAAAUUCAGUUUCGAAUUCCUCUUCUAUGAUAAUGAUGUUUCGAACAUUAUCGACAAGUACGAUCACUUUCAAAAUGACUUUUGGCUUAAAGAACAUCGUUGGUAUACCGAAUAUUCAUAUGAAGAAGAUCGAGCGAAAAUCUAUACUGUACCUCUCGGAGCAUUUUCUUUCAUUUUGUCAACCCAACUGACUGCUGGUGGUUAUUCUAAUACUCUACCGAAAAUUUCGAAUAAAUUCGACAAUAUCAACAUCUUAACAAUUUACCACCCCGACGUGCCAAACAAAUCGAAGUAUUACUUUCCAAAUGUGAAGGAGUUAAAAUUGAACUUUUGCGACGUUGAACAAAAUCAAAAUGUUCCUAUUUUAACCGGGUCUCAACACGUUCAAUCGUUGAAAUCGAUUGUGAAUCUAUCGCAUGUGACCUAUUUAGAAGUCGUACACAAUCCAGAAUUAGAUAUCGUACAUCUGUUGAUCAAUAUGUUUCAAGAAGCGCGGCAAUUAUCUCGACUAUGCAUUAACUCGCAUCAUAUUUCAGUUUUAUUAGAAAGCAGUCCGUUGUAUAAACAUUUGAAAACUCUUCGAAGAUUGUGUAUAGCUUCGUAUCCCACGUGUUUUACUAACGUAGCUGUGAUGAAAAAGUUUUGUCGAAUAUUUUCCGGUCUUGAAUAUCUCUCAUGUGGCGUCAAGGAAACAAAUCAUUCAUUAGUCUUAUUAAGACAGCUACGAAAUUUAUCUCUACUGGUGAUUGAAUUUGAAAUAUAUGAAAAUCGAAUAGAUUCAAUAACAUUGGAAAAUGAGUUACGCGAAAUGAAUGCAUUGUUUCGGAUUGAACACAAUGUGACAGCUCGGGGAAAUGGAAUAGUGUCGCAUCGAACAUAUUUGCGGGUCUGGAGAGGCAACAAACUUUAA